UCUGUACGCAGACAAAAAUAUUAUAUAGGUCCAAAUUUAACAAUAUUUAGAUUGUAUUUUAUUAUUAGAAAAAAUCUUAUAAACCGUGUUUAGCAUGGGUGGUAGUUUCGUUUUUAAUUCAGAACAUUACAAAUGACCAAUACAUGAAAGCUUAUCGAUGUACAGCUGUACCCUUACUAGUUCCCAUGGAUUUCUUUUUCUAUCAUCACAUUUUAAAAAUCUGUUAGUGUUUUUCUCAAACAAAAAUUAAAAUGUUCUUUUCUCUUAACUAUUUUCAGGAGUUAUAAAAAUAUUUUUGAUCUAUUUUCUGAGUUUGAACGUCAAGAGGAAAUCGGAUCAAAAUGACAAAUAUAUGAACUUUCUUUAAACAUUUUAUUUUCUUCUUAAUUACAUAUGUUUCUGUCUUAUCCUAAAAAUAAUCAAAGAAACAAUCCUGUGUUUCUGGUAUGUAACAGAUAGUGCUAUUAAAAAGCCGCAAGUGAAGCUUUUAAUUCUCUUAUUACAUGGCUUCUCUCUGAACUCUGGUUCUUUCUCCACAGUCUGAAUCUAACAGCAGCGAAAAAUGGAGGGGGAUGAUCACCUUGCCCAUGAAAGAAACAAAGCAGAGUUCGAUGUCAACGAGAUGAAGAUCGUCUGGGCCGGUUCUCACCACGCUUUCGAGGUUUCAAACCGGAUGUCCCGCCUCGUUGCCAGUGAUCCGGUCUUUGACAAAAGCAAUAGAGCUGUAAUGACGAGGAAAGAGUUGUUCAAGAACACGUUGAGAAAAAGCGCUCAUGCUUGGAAGUUGAUCAACGAGCUUUGUCUCUCUGAUGAGGAGUCAACCAUAUUUAAAUAUUUCAUGGAUCAACCUGGCUUCUUGGAUCUUCAUUGGAGAAUGUUUGUGCCUGCAAUCAAAGGACAAGGGACAGAGGAACAGAAACAAAAGUGGUUGCCGCUUGCCAACAAGAUGCAGAUAAUUGGUUGUUAUGCUCAAACUGAGCUUGGUCAUGGCUCUAACGUUCAAGGCCUUGAGACAACCGCUACUUUUGAUCCUCAGACAGAUCAAUUUAUCCUUCACAGUCCAACUCAAACAUCAUCCAAAUGGUGGCCUGGUGGUUUGGGAAAGGUUUCUACUCAUGCUGUGGUUUAUGCUCGUCUUAUAACCAAUGGCAAAGACCACGGUGUCCAUGGAUUCAUCGUGCAACUGCGUAAUUUGGAUGAUCAUUCUCCUCUUCCUGGAAUAACCAUUGGUGAUAUUGGGGUGAAGUUUGGAAACGGAGCAUAUAACUCGAUGGACAAUGGUUUUCUUAUGUUUGAUAAGUUUCGUAUUCCUAGAGAUCAAAUGCUCAUGAGGCUGUCAAAGGUUACAAGAGAGGGAAAAUAUGUACCAUCAGAUGUUCCAAGGCAACUGAUGUAUGGUACUAUGGUGUCUGUGAGACAGACUAUUGUGUCAAAUGCUUCCAUUGCGAUGGCGAGAGCAGUUUGCAUAGCUACAAGGUACAGUGCAGUGAGAAGGCAGUUUGGCUCACAGAAUGGUGGAAUUGAGACACAGGUGAUUGAUUAUAAAACUCAGCAGAACCGGCUGUUUCCUCUGCUGGCAUCUGCAUAUGCAUUUCGGUUUGUAGGAGAGUGGUUGAAAUGGUUGUACACUGAUGUAACACAAAGACUAGAGGCUAGUGAUUUUGCAACGUUGCCUGAAGCUCAUGCAUGCACUGCAGGAUUAAAGUCUAUGACUACCUCAGCAACCUCUGAUGGUAUUGAAGAAUGUCGCAAGCUAUGUGGUGGACAUGGCUACUUGUGGUGCAGUGGCCUUCCUGAGCUGUUUGCUGUUUAUGUUCCUGCUUGCACUUAUGAGGGAGACAAUGUUGUGUUGCAAUUACAGGUUGCUAGAUUUUUGAUGAAGACAGUUGCACAGUUGAGUUCUGGAAAGGCUCCUGCUGGAACAACUGCAUAUAUGGGCAGAGCAAAACAUCUUUUGCAUUGCCAUUCAAGCAUUAGAAAGGCUGAGGAUUGGUUAAACCCUGCUAUGGUGUUGGAAGCUUUUGAAGCAAGGGCUUUGAGAAUGGCUGUUUCUUGUGCUAAUAAUCUAAAAAAGUUUGAGAAUCAAGAACAAGGAUUCUCUGAACUAUUGGCUGAUCUUGUUGAGGCUGGUAUUGCACAUUGCCAGCUGAUUGUUGUGUCCAAGUUUAUAGCCAAACUAGAGGGAGAUAUCAAAGGAAAAGGAGUGAAGAACCAGCUAAAGAAUCUAUGCUACAUCUAUGCACUCCAUCUCAUUCACAAACACCUUGGAGAUUUUCUAAGCACUAACACCAUCACUCCUGAACAAGCCUCACUCGCCAACAACCAGCUUCGGUCACUCUACUCUCAGCUUCGACCAAACGCAGUCGCUCUCGUGGACGCAUUUGACUACACGGACCACUAUCUUGGCUCUGUGCUGGGCCGCUAUGAUGGAAACGUUUACCCAAAGCUGUUUGAGGAAGCAUUGAAAGAUCCACUCAAUGACUCGGUGGUCCCUGAUGGCUACCAUGAAUACAUCCGACCGUUCAUUAAGCAGCACCUCCGCUCAGCUAGACUCUAACUCCUGAGCCAUGAGGUCAUUUUGAAGUUUGACAAGCUCUUUUUUUUUUUUUGCGGCUGAAAGGGUGACAGCAUUAUUUUGGUUAUUUCAUAUUUUAUUAAAUGUAAAAUAAAGAAGUACCUUAAGUUAUCUGAGGACUAUAUUAAUAUCUUAAAAGUUUGCGUAAGAUAUGAAAAUUAAAUCUUCAUUUUUAUCUAUGAAGAAAUAAAAUUUAUACACUUAACAAAAGUGCAAAAAAAUGGAGAAUGCUUGUAAAAGUGAAGUAUUUAUAUUUUUGUAAGAAAUUAAUCAUUUUUUAUAUAACCGAAGGAUUCAAUUACCAGAGUGCAGAUUAUAAUAUCUCAAGCAUGUGGGCAACCAUAAGAUUGAUCGCAAUGGGGUGACAUAAAUCUCUCUUUAAUGUAUAGGGUCAGCAUUUUACACAUCGAACUACCAUGAAUGGGUUCUUUAUGGUCCUUGAAAUUAAUAAACGGAAUUUUCUUCUUCUGUUGAUUUUUUUUUUUUUGUUAAGUAUGUGAAUUUCAUUAACUUAAUAAUGAGGCAUAGAGAUACAAUGGACUUCGACUGAUCUAAUCCUAUUGAAUCUAAGUCGCUAAGUCAACAAGACAAAGCAAUGGAACCAUAGCAAGCCACAAAAAAAGUAAAAAGACUCACUAAGACUAAGAAGGCUCAGUCACAACCAUGAGGCUGCGAGAAAGCUUAGCUAGUUUAAUAGAUCCUAAGACAACCAUUUAGCUAACAGGAGAC